CCGAGACUCCCGGGACCCGAGGAGGAUCUCCCGAGCCGGGGACUCUUCUGCAGAGGCCGAGAGAUUAAGCUUCGAAUCGUCUCUCGAACUCAUAGGAAAGGGUAUCUUUUCCUGCGGACAUCUCCCGAUAUUUCCAGACUGCAGUCCUCAGGCCAGGGUUAGAAUAGUCUGCCGCUGACUGAGAGAAAUACACCGCUACAGGCCAUGGUGCUGUUUGAGGAAGUGGCCUUGGACUUCACCUGGGAAGAGUGGCAGCACCUGGACGGGGAGCAGAGGAGCCUGUACAGGGAUGUGAUGCUGGAAACCUACAGUCACCUGGAGUCAGUGGGACAUUCAGUCACCAAACCUGAACUGAUCAUCAAGUUGGAGGAGAGAGAAGAGCCAUGGAUGGUCAGUCCCCCAGUGCAGAGCCUCUCAGGUCAGUCCGUACGUAUUGGCAGGGAAGCUGGAAAAGGGGGAAACUACAGAGUUUGUUGUGCUGAGCAGUUUGCCAGGAGUUUUUUCCGCUGUUCAAACCUUAUAGCCGUUAGCCUUCCUGUGUUAUUGGUCUCCAGAACUUCCUGGAGUUACAAGCCCUUCUUUCCGAGUGGAUAGUUAUUUUCAAAUGAGAUCCUAGCCUAUGGUUCCGUGAAAUGUUUUUAUGGGUUACUGUACUUUUGGACAUUCUCAUUGAAUGUUCUUUGGGAUUUAUUCUUUUUAAAACCUCAUUGAUGUUUUUGAGGAAGCUUUGAUAAUGUGCGUUUAGCACUAGUAAAAUAUCCUUUGGUGGAUAUUGUUGGACAGUGUCCGGGGACCUGUGUAGACGGAGUUAGUUGCAGUGCAGUCUAUGGCUGACGGUCAGUGCACAUGGACGACAGGCUGAUUCCCCUGAAGACACUUUUGCGUAGUGCAAGCAGAGAUUCUGUAGGGGCUGACGGAGUGCAACAGAGACGGGACAAGGGCAGGGGCUAAGUGGGAGGUUAAAGGGUAGAUUAAUGUUUAUGUGGGGAAGAUUAGUAUUAGUGGAAACAACGUCAUUCAUCUAGAUUCCAUAGGGGUCAAUAUUCCAUAUUCCACAUUUGCCCAUCAGUUUUUUGUCUAGAUUCAUCGGGGUGAAUGUCCCACAUUCCAAGCCUGGACACCAGGAAUUUCCACGCAUUAAUAUAUACUAGUCUCCAGGAAAUGCCGUUUCCCCAGGUGCCACUCCAUCAGCCCCGUCCGGGUCCUGGGAACAUUCUCACAGCUCGACCGGUCCAGUUUGUUUCAGAACUUUGCCCGCAGGAACUCUACCUCCCCCUUUUUUGUUUUGUAGCUUAAGCAGGCCGGUAGAGUUUUUCAAGUGGGAUUCCUGCGCUGAGUGGACUAUACGUGGUCAAAGAGGCAGAAUCCUAAGGAUAAUAGCACAAGUACUUGUAUCAGGGACACUCCAGUGCUUUCUUGGACUUGAGUGAUGCGUUGUAUUACUCAGGUGACAAAAAGGGGGCCCAAUUUCAGUCAGGGAAGACUGUCUUUAUUCUAACCAAUAAUCCCUCCCUGCAUCUAAAGUAAGCCUGCAGUCAGUUGCGUGCAAGGCAGACGCCCUACCCACUGUGCUAUGGUGCCAGCCCCACCACUCUUUCUUAGUAAAUUGUAUAAUCCAAGGCUGAGGGGUUGUAAUUGUUCAGCACAGAUGAUUCUGAUGUUUGAUUUCUGUGUUGCAGAGUGAGAUCAUACUUUUCUUGGUCUUUGGCUCUGUCUUAUGCACUUAACAGAGGUGUGCGUAAGUAAUAUUUUUCAAAGUAAUUUUCUUUGUGUGUGUAUACCAAGAGUGGCAUCACUGGUUCAGAAAGGAAGUUCUGUUUUUACCUGUUGAGGAUCACCGUACCAUUUUCCAUAGACACUGAACAGAUGACAUUCACACCAAUAGUGAAUGAUGGUUCUAUCUUUUAUGAUCUACUCCAGAAUCAGAGUUGUAUCACAAUUGAAAUUAAUAAUAUACAAGUCUCACUGGUGUGGGUUGAUACCUCACGGUUGUUUUUCUUGCAUUAACCAAAUAAUACAUAUAGUUGUUAUUGUACACUUUAUUUUUUUUUUCUUGGAAGUGAAGCAAGUUAUGUGGUAACCAAAGGGAGAGGAGAGAGAGAAAGAGAAUGUAGCCUUCCAUUGACGAAGUUUAUUCAAGAUGAACAAUGAUCAUAUUGAACAGAAGGAAUGCAGUCUGUGUGGAACUUGUAGGAAGAGAGGGCAGGUGAUAAGGGGGUAAGAGAGGUCAGAUUUGUGGCUAUGUGGGAAGGAGUGGUACAGAGUCUCUCUGGCCUAAACCUGAGACAAAGCUGAAUGUCUUAUAUGUAACAUAGGUGUCAGAGUCCCACGUUGCAAGCCCCAACCAUCACUCAUCAGUCUGUACUAAUCUCCAGGGAUUGCCAGAUCCCUGGUGCCAGUCUGUCCCCAUAAACUGGGGUCUGGGACAUUGCCUGAGGGUCACAGUAAAAAUGAUUUGGGAGCUGUGGCAGCAAGGACUCAAGCAAGAGACAGGUGCUCAAGGGAGAACACAGACUUCCAGAGUGGAUAAAAGCACAAGUGCGUAUCCAAGUGUGGAUGUGUGGGUCAUUCCCCAGAAAGGGGAACCGUAAGCUCAAGUUAGAGAGUACCCAUCUCAGGCAGACACAGGCCAAAGAAGCAAAUCCAGACGCUUUUUCAUAUAUUUAUUGUUCACUCAUUACUGUACAACCCUUGAAGAUUUCACCAGUAUAAAUCUUCAAGGACUUUAAGUAGUUUGACAAAAUGAACAGCAUUCCUCCUUCAUUUCCUUCAACAGGACAUUCAGUCACCGAACCUGAACUGAUCAUCAAGUUGGAGGAGAGAGAAGAGCCAUGGAUGGUCAGUCCCCCAGUGCAGAGCCUCUCAGGACAUUCAGUCACCAAACCUGAACUCAUCAUCAAGUUGGAGGAGAGAGAAGAGCCAUGGAUGGUCAGUCCCCCAGUGCAGAGCCUCUCAGAUAUUCAUCCAGAGGAUGACUUGAUUGAACAUAAUUGGAAAGAUGAGAGUAGAUAUUACUGGCAAGGGUUAACGACCAAGAACAGAGAAACAACAAAGCAGAGAAUGGACGUCAAAAACACUUCUAGUAUCAGCAGUGCCUCCGUCUCAAAGGCAAUGAUGAUUAAGGGAAUCUAUUCUACCUUGGUGCCUGAGAAGAUUCAUGGUAAUAAGAAUAUAUCUCUGCCUGUUGAACACGAUGAGAUAUACCCUGUACGGAUACUUGAGAACCACAAAAAUCUCUUUAAAAUAACUAAUAUCACUAAACAUCCAGAAAUGCAUGCCAGUGAUAAACAUGAAUUUCAAGCAGGGCAGCUUUCAGAGUUCCAUAAAUAUGAAAGUACACACCUUUUAGCAAACAAUUAUGCCUGUAUGGAUUAUGGCAAAAGUUUAUUCAAACAACAAAUACUCAUUGAACAUCAGAGAGUUUCCACAGGAGAGGAAUCCUAUGAAUGUCCAGAAUAUCAAAAACCUUUUUCAGGAAAUCUAAGCCUCAUUCAGCACCAAAGACUUUGCAAAGGAGAAAAAUCCUAUAACUGUAAAGAGUACGGGACAGCUUUCUCACAGGCGUCACACUUCACUCACCAUACGACAAUUCACGCAAGGAAGAAAGUCUUUGAAUGUAAAGAAUGUACGAAAAGUUUCUCAAUGAAAGCAUACCUCACUAGACAUAAGAGAUUUCACACAGGAGUCAAACCCUAUGAAUGUAAAGAAUGUAGGAAAAGGUUCAUUAAAAAGGCUUAUCUCGUAGAACAUGAGAGAAUUCACACAGGAGUCAAACCCUAUGAAUGUAAAGAAUGUGGGAAAGCUUUCUCAUCGAAGACAAACCUCACGACACAUGAGAGAAUUCACACAGGAGAGAAACCCUAUGAAUGUAAAGAAUGUACAAAAAGUUUCUCAACAAAGUCAUAUCUCAUAGCACAUGAGAGAAUUCACACAGGACUGAAACCCUAUGAAUGUAAAGAAUGUAGGAAAACUUUCUCAAUGAAGGCAUACCUCACUAGACAUGAGAGAUUUCACACAGGAGUCAAACCCUAUGAAUGUAAAGAAUGUAGGAAAAGUUUCAUUACAAAGGCAUAUCUCGUAGAACAUGAGAGAAUUCACACAGGAAUCAAACCCUAUGAAUGUAAAGAAUGUAGGAAAACUUUCUCAAUGAAGGCAGUCCUUACUAGACACGAGAGAAUCCACACGGGACUGAAACUCUUUGAAUGUAAAGAAUGUAGGAAAACUUUCUCAAUGAAGAGAAGUCUCACUAUACAUGAGAGACUUCACACAGGAGUCAAACUCUAUGAAUGUAAAGAAUGUAUGAAAAGUUUCACAACAAAGACAAACCUCACUACACAUGAGAGAAUUCACACAGGAGUCAAACCCUAUGAAUGUAAAGAAUGUAUGAAAGCUUUCUCGUCGAAGUCAGGCCUCACUAGACAUGAGAGACUUCACACAGGAGUCAAACCUUAUGAAUGUAAAGAAUGUAGGAAAACUUUCUCAGCAAAGACAAACCUCAUUACGCAUGAGAGAAUUCACACAGGAGUCAAACCCUAUGUAUGUAAAGAAUGUAUGAAAAGUUUUGCAACAAAGUCAUAUCUCAUAGCACAUGAGAGAAUUCACACAGGAUUGAAACCCUAUGAAUGUAAGGAAUGUAGGAAAACUUUCUCAAUGAAGACAGGUCUCACUAUACAUGAGAGACUUCACACAGGAGUCAAGCCUUAUGAAUGUAAAGAAUGUAGGAAAACUUUCUCAACAAAGACGAACCUCACUACACAUGAGAGAAUUCACACAGGAAUCAAACCCUAUGAAUGUAAAGAAUGUACGAAAAGUUUCUCAACGAAGACAGGCCUCACUACACAUGAGAGAAUUCAUACAGGAGUUAAACCCUAUGAAUGUAAAGAAUGUAGAAAAACUUUCUCAAGAAAGACAAACCUCACUGCACAUGAGAGAAUUCACACAGGAGUCAAGCCCUAUGAAUGUAAAGAAUGUACAAAAGGUUUCUCAACAAAGUCACAACUCAUAGCACAUGAGAGAAUUCACACAGAACUGAGACCGUAUGAAUAUGAACAAAAGGAAAAUUUUCUCAAUGAAGACAAACCUCACUACACAUGAAGAGAAUUCACACAGGAUUGAAACACUAUGAAUGUAAAGAAUGAAAGAAAGCUUUGUCGAUGAAGGCAAUCCUCACUAAUCAUGAGAGAAUAUAAACAGCAGUGAAACCCUGUGAAUGGAAAUGAAAGAAAAAUUUCUCGAGAAUGUCAGAACUCACACAGCAUAUGAGAAACUUCGCCGAAGUCAAACCCUUUUUUUUUCCUUGUUUUUUAGGUCGCACCCUGAGAUGUUCUGGGGCUACUCCUGGUUCUGCACUCAGGAAUUACUCCUGGCAGUGCUCAGGGGACCAUAUAGAUCCUGGGAAUUGAACCUGGGUCGGAUCUGUGCAAGGCAAACACCCUGCCGGCUGUGUUAACUCUCCAUUUCCUUUUUCUUUUUUUUUAUUUCGCUUUUUGAACACAGGUGUCAAUCCCUAUGAAUGUAAAGAAUGUACAAAAGGUUUCCUAAUAGAGUCACAACUGACUGGACUUGAGAGAAUUCACACAGGAGUGAAACCCUUUGAAUGUAAAAAAUGUAAAACUUUCUCAAUGUAGAAGGCUUCAGAAGACAUGAGAGAUUUCACACAGGAAUCAAACCUUAUAAAUGUAAAGAAUGUACAAAAUCUUUCUCUAGCAUUUGUCUCACAAUCAAUAUGAGAGACUUCACACAGGAGUGAAACCCUAUGAAUGUCAAGAAUGAAGGAAAAAUUUCUCGGUAAAGUCACACGUCACCAGACAUGAGAGAAUUCACUCAGAAGACAAUCCCUCUGAAUAUUAAGAAUGUAGGGAAAAUAUUUAGAAGUCUUACAAACCUGAGAGAAUUCACACAGAAAAGAAGCUUUAUGAAUAUAAAGAACAUACAAAAGUUGUCUAGAAUAGAAUAUCAAAAUAUUUAAUAACACAUGGGUACUCAAACAUUGUAUGGUUGAAAUGUAAUCAUGCAAAUUUGUAAAUCUGUAAUUAUCUCAGUGAUUCAUUAAAAU